GGCGCGACGGGGUUCAGCCGGCGGCGGCGGGCGGGGGGGCGCCGGGGGCGUGGGGGGCGCGGGGCCGCGGGCCGGGCGCCAUGGGCAACCUGUUUGGUCGCAAGAAGCAGAGCCGCGUCACGGAGCAGGACAAGGCCAUCCUGCAACUAAAGCAGCAGCGGGACAAGCUGAGGCAGUACCAGAAGCGGGUGGCACAGCAGCUGGAGCGCGAGCGGGGCAUCGCCCGGCAGCUGCUGCGGGACGGCAAGAAGGAGCGGGCCAAGCUGCUGCUGAAGAAGAAGCGGUACCGGGAGCAGCUGCUGGACAAGACGGAGAACCAGAUCACCAGCCUGGAGACCAUGGUGCAGAGCAUCGAGUUCGCCCAGAUCGAGACGAAGGUGCUGGAGGGGCUGCGGCUGGGGAACGAGUGUCUCAACAGGAUGCACCAGGUGAUGUCCAUAGAGGAGGUGGAGCGCAUCCUGGACGAGACCCAGGAGGCCGUGGAGUACCAGCGGCAAAUAGACGAGCUGCUGGCCGGGAGCCUCACGCAGGAGGAUGAAGACGCCAUCCUGGAGGAGCUGAACGAAAUCACUCAGGAACCACUCGAGCUCCCAGAAGUCCCUUCAGAGCCCCUGCCCGAAAAGAACCCAGAGAAAGUCCCGGCCCAGGCCAGGCCCCGGCAGGCGGACCUGGUGGCAGCCUCCUAACUCGGCCUCCCCGCGUGGGACUGGUGGGGGCCCCCCAGGGACCGGGGCCACCGUGAGGUCGGGUGUGUGGCCAGCCCUG